AUGCAAGAAGAGGAGAAUAACUAAUAGCCAUCUCGCAAGAUAAAGUUUGCUUUACCCAAAGGGCAUUUCCUCUUUACAUCCGAGAGUGUAAGUGCAGGUCAUCCAGACAAAUUAUGUGAUUUUAUUAGUGACAGCGUGCUUGAUGCAUGUUUAGAAUAAGAUCCAAACUCUAAAGUUGCUUGUGAAUCUGCAUGCAAAAACUCUCUUGUAAUGAUAUUCGGAGAAAUCACAACUCAUGCUCAGGUUCCUUAUGAAACCAUCGUCAGAGAAGCCAUAAAGUAGGUUGGUUAUGAUAACAUAAGCAAGGGAUUAGACUAUAGAAAUGCUUCAGUUAUAGUGUCAUUGGAUUAAUAAUCAUAAGAAAUCAAUUAAGCAGUCGUUGGAUCCAAACAUGAGGAUGAAAUUGGAGCUGGAGAUUAAGGAUUAAUGAUUGGAUAUGCUUCUGAUGAAACCCCAGAAUUAAUGCCAUUAACACAUCAUCUCUGCAAUAAAUUGAUUUCAAGACUCUAAGAAUGCAGAGUAAAUGAAAUCUGUCCUUGGAUGAGACCAGAUGCAAAGGUCUAAGUUACUGUAGAAUACAAACGAGUAGAUUCUUCAUUUUAUCCUGUUAGGAUUCAUAAUGUACUCAUCUCCCAAUAACAUGAUGAGAAAAUAACUCAUAGUGAAAUUGAGGCAGAAUUACACAAGCAUGUAUUAAAACACAUUUUGCCAGAGAAAUACGUUGAUGAAUAAACACAAUACCAUUUAAAUCCUUCUAAGGCCUUCACUGUUGGAGGACCCUAUGGAGAUGCUGGAUUAACAGGCCGUAAAAUCAUAGUGGAUACAUAUGGUGGAUGGGGUGGCCAUGGAGGAGGUGCCUUCUCUGGUAAAGACCCUACCAAAGUGGAUAGAAGUGCUGCUUAUGCUGCAAGAUGGGUGGCUAAAUCAUUAGUUGCAUCAAAAUUAUGCAAGCGAGUGAUGAUUCAAGUCGCCUAUGGAAUUGGUAUCAGUGAGCCUCUCUCUAUCUGUGUUAAUUCGUAUGGUACACAUGCUGAAGGACUUGAUGAUGAUGCUUUGUCUGAGAUUGUCCAAAAUCAUUUCGAUCUCAGGCCAGGAGUUAUCAUUAGAGAAUUGAAAUUAAGAAGACCCAUUUAUGCUAAAACUGCCUCUGGAGGACAUUUCGGUAGAAACGAGCCAGAAUUUACUUGGGAACACCCUAAGAUUAUAGACUUAAAUGCUUGGAAAACCCACAAGGCAGAAUAAUAAUAACAAAAUUAAUGAUAAAACCCAAAUGAAUUUAUUAACAAAAUAAAAUAAACAAG